AUGACGACACAUCAGUUCUUUGGGAUUGUGGUGGCUCUUGCCGUACUGGCGGCCCCCGCUGCCGCCACGGACCCACCCACCACCGCACGUCCUUCCCAAAGUCCUUCCAGGUCACCCCAACCCUCCUCAAGCCCUUCUGAUGUUCCCUCCGUGGCCCCUUCCUUCCAUCUUGCAGAAGGUGACAUUCUCCACCAAGGGUUGGCGCUCUUCACCAACAAAUUCGCUGGAUUGGACCAACUGGACGUGCUCAGCACUCCGAUCCCCCUGGUGGGCUUGUCCAUCAAUAAUAUCCUAGGCGAUAUCUACACCACGCUGGACUUUACGACUUUCAUCAUGGAUGGUACAAGGGAUUUCACGGCUGAUCAGAUUGAAGGAUCCAUCAAUACCUUCCUUACCAACCGCAUUGCUGCUGGAUCUGUACUUUCAACCUACAGAGAUGGAGCCUCUCCUCUUUGCCCCAACACCAAUAAUAACCAACCCAUCUUUGUGGACUGGGUUGACGAAGCAACCGUGGGGCAUACCAAGUUGGAGAUCACGUUCUGCAUGGAGAUAUCCAAGACGAAGCAGUUCAACUUUGAGCCAACUGGGUUGUUCGACUCCAUCCCCGAGUCCAUCCUCAUGGAAACGUCGGCUCAGCUGACUGCAGAAGCCACAUUCACUGUGGCUUCCAAGCUCACUGUCUACUUUGAUGGAACAACUCCAGGCCUUGUCACCGCACCAGAGUUUGAGUUUGAGCUCGCUGACGCUGAGCUAAACGUCAACGCUGGAUCUGCCAACGGACUUAAGCUCUUUCUGGGCGUCGUUGAGUUGUCCUCGGAUGCCACUAUCAACCUUGGCGCGUCCUUUAGCUUUUGCUACGAUGAUCCCAACGUGUCUGGCACGCCCUGUUCCAACGACCGACUUGAUUCAACGGAUCUCUAUCUGACCAUCAAUUCCGGCUACACGGUCAACGGUGAUUUGACCCUCGAGUCUGCGGGUGUCUUGCCCUCUCUGGCCGCUCUUCUGCCGACCCCACUGAGCUUUACUGUGACUGCUCAAGAUACGCUCUCCGACUACACGCCGGACUUCUCGUCCAAUUUGGAUCCUGCCCUUGAAGAAGCCCUCGUGGCAUACUCACCCAAGAGUAUGCUCCAGCUGAUUGACCGGAUGGAGUCGGUGGUCUUUCGCAUGAUGGAAAACGAACCGUUCCUCAAGACCAGCGUCCCGUUGACGGACAAGACACUCACUAAAGUCCUUCGCAAGAAGAAUGUCUUUACGACCCACAAGCACCUCUUGGCGAUCCCACAGCCCAUUGCCACCCGUCCGAAAAAGUCUCGUACCAUCUUUUCGUCCAAGGCAUUUGCCGCUGCCCCGAUUGGCACACUGCCAAAGACUCUCGCGUUGAUCUAUACCACUGGACCCGAUCUGAACGCCAAUCCAACCGACAAAGCUGCUAUCAAUGGCCUCAGCAACACAAAAGUGUGCUCUUUCGACAUUGCAGCUGACCCCGCUACCGCGGCGGAGUUUGUCAGCGCAAUCAAGACCGGUGUCAACGCUGCGAACUGUGGAGUCACACUGUGCGAAAUGGGCGACACGGCUGCGACUGGCUGUACGCGGCACAAUACCAACGGGGCUCGAUCGACAUUUGAUGUAUCGGGUUCGUGUAGCUCGACCUGCAAGGUAGUUAUUGGAGUGGACACUGAUAGCAAUGGCAACGACAAGCUCUACAUGACAAGCGUUGUCGACACUUCCAACUCGUUGGAUGUCGUCUACUUGAGUUUGAACGAACCUGACGAUCGAAAAGGACCGGAUUCUUUGCUUGGGUUCCCCAUCAACCAGCCGGCUUAUCCCGAGCUGGUGCCUCGCUACAAUGAUAUUGCAACGUUUGUCGCGACUCUUUCUGGUGGUGUCCAAGGAUCCCAAGAGUUCAACAAUGUUGUGAUUGGAUUCGUUUUCGUUCCAGCCGAUGCCAACAACCUUGCUCGGUUUGAACUCACGGCAGACUUUGCCCAAGACACUAGUGUUAAUGCAGUUUGGGCUCCCCCGGGGGGCAAUAUUGGCGACUUUGCGAAUGUGGCCUUGGAACAAGCCAAUUUUGUGGUUGACACCACGGCCACGUUCAGCACUGGAUUCGGGGUGCUCCUUGGGCCAGACACAACGGAAAAACUCGUUAUUCUGGGAACUGCUUGCAAGGGAGAAGACCCAAAGACCUUCAGCUGUGAUUUGGCAUUUACGCAACUGAAGCUGACGUAUGACUCUGUUGAAAAGGUGGUCGACUUGCCUGCUGGUAAUGGAGAUGCGGCCACCGCCUUGCAGGUAGCGCUGGACGGGGUUGAUGCCCUUGGGUCUGACUUCGCCAGCGUCACCACCUUCGGAAGUAACAAGUUCAAAAUCGAGUUCAACGCCGCAUUUGGCUCUGUCCAACUUCAAGUUCUCAAGACCUGUAAGGAUGCUGUUGAUGGUACCGAACGAGCUGGCAGUGUCUUUGCAUGCGCAACGGGCGAUGUCCCUGCGGACAGCAGUAACUCGUACGGGCUCACAGACCAAGUGAAAUCGAAGCGAGGUUUCCAAGUGGCAGUCGACCAGACCACCUUGAGCGCAAGCUUCAGUGUUAAUGGAAUCGCCAAGUUGACGGCCGAGCUGAAUGAUGUUAUUGAAAUAUCCGCUGACAUGACGGGGCAGUUGUCUGGUAGUCUUACCUUGACGGUCGGAGAAGUUGGAUACACUCCAUUCUUCACUUGGGUUGCUGACCUCAUUCAACUUGAUCACUUCAACGGCCUUGCGAGCUUCAGUGGUUCCUUUCUUGCCGAUGUGCACGCUUUGGAGCCAUUCGAUGCUGAGAUCUUAGGUGCAACGGGAGCAAUGGCUCAGUAUGACAUCGAUUUCUUCGCGAACCCAGGGCUGCCUUCAAUCACGUUCCAGAUUGACCUUCCGGGGAUUCGAGAUGUUCGCUUCCUCAAAUAUGAGGAUGUUGUGAGUUGCAUGGCUUUCACCAAAUCAUUCCUGGGAUCGGUGGAAACCUGUGCCGGUGGUCUCUUGGAUUUUGAGAUCAAUGACCAAAACGUGUUCUUCAGCAAGAUCCCAAUUCUCGGAGUCAGGCCUUGUGAAAAGAUAUCAUUGCUGUCAGUCUACACAGAUUUUGUGGACUAUAUUACUGCCGAGUUUGACGAUGGCGUUAAUACAACAUUCACUGCCCUCAAAGAAAAGCUCGAGGGAGCUUUAUCUGAUGUCGUGGAAAGCACUGGUGGUACUGCGACUGUUUUGUUCGACACGGGCGAAACCAACGAUGGUCUUGCUGUACGCUCUACCUUGACGAUUGACAUUGUCUUGGAGUGGGAUCUAUCUUUCCUUGAUGACCUGGGAUUCAGUCUGAGUGAGCUCCUGGAUGAUAUUGGCGUGUCCGGGGAUGACCUGUCUGGUGCCAUCACUGGACUCUUGGGCGAUGUUGUUCCUGAGGAAGGUUUGGCCCUAAUACCGUUUGAUGGUGUUCUGCGCUUCCAGACGGGCCUUGGGUUGGAGAGAACAGUGGAGCUUCCUAGCGCGAAUGUACCUGCAGGUUCGGAAUUUCUAGGCACAAGCUGCUUCAUGUUGGGAACAUCGGGUCUGAACCUCGGUUUCAGUGGAGGCACUGGAGGAAGCGCCAUUGGCUUCGACGGAAUGUUGGGACCUUUUGCAGGGACAUUUGGCAUUGAAUUUGACUUCCUUGAUAACUUGGGCUCAACAGAUGGGGAUGGCCUCUCCCUUCAGAUUGGUUUCCCAGACACAAGCUUUAACUUCUACAUUGAUGGAGACAUCCCGGCUCGUUUGGAAGGGCCCUCUUUUCCUCGUGUGACUGAUGUUGACGAUCUCCUUGCGAGACUCAGCGGAAGUUGGACCGGUGGUGCGGGUGGCGGAUUCACUGGAUCCAUUCCUACCAUUGAUGUGGACUUGAGCUUGGUUAUGAGCUUCCCCAAUCUUGAGACACUUUUCCAGAACCCAACUAUUGCCAUAUUUGAUUUGCUGGAUCCUGGGUCUAUUUCGGGAAGCUCUAACCCUCUCGACUUUGGAGGGGUUCUCAACUUUGAAGUGAAGUCUUUGGGUAGUGAUAUCCUACAACGGCUAACAUCACUAGAUGUUCCUGGCCUGGGAGACUUGAUGCUUGGUGGAGGGGCGUUUACGAACAUUGUCAAAUCUGUCGAAAAUUUCUUUGAGAAGCUUGACAGCUUGACAUUUGGAGCCAGUGGCAUUGUUACGAGCAUUGAUAUCCCAUUCCUGAAGAAGAAACUGGCAGUUGCUCUUGGUGCUGGCAGUGGAGGAACAAGUGGGGCAAGCGUGUUCAAGAAAGCCGGAGCAAAGAUUGCAGGAGCCUUGGAUGAUGCGCUAGACACACUUGUUGGAGAACUUGGUGGAACCAUUGCGGUGGAAGUGGCAAACCUUUUGAACGAAGUGCUCGCAGACAUACUCUGCCCCGACCAAGAAGUGGAGUCCAUUUGUGGCUGCAGUGAUGGCGAUGGAACUUUUCUACCUAACUGUCCUUGUGAAGACAACGAUGGGUCAAUCGAAUCUAUUGAAUGGAAGAUCCCAUUGGGCGCUUCUGCAUUGAAUUUUGAGAUCCCACUGGACUUUGAGCUAGAUGGAGAUCUUGCCCUUGACCUGAAUUUCACUGCAGAGCUUGAAGUUGGUUGGUCUUUCCUGCUUGGCCUUGGCUAUGAUGUUGAGCAGGGGCUUUUUAUUGAUACCUUCCCUGGGGAGUCUUCAGAGGUUAGCAUUCAAGCUGCAUUGACUGUACCCAAUACUGGAAUCGAAGCAUCAUUGUUGAACUUUCUUAACGCAAGCUUGACUGAUGCUACAGUGCAGAUCGCAGCGGGUUUUUUCAUCGACUUUGACAAAGAAGCUGGGUUGCGUCUGAAAAAUCCAGAAGUUGAGGGAAGUCGAAGCUAUGGCCGCAUGACCCUGUCAAACUUCAAGGGAAUUUCACUUGAUUUCUUCCAACCUAGUGUCAGAACAGCAGCCACAUUUAGCACAUCCAUGGAGCUCUCUGUUGGUGAGGCUGUGGUUGGUGAUGCGGCAGCCUACAUCCCAUCCCUGCAAGCAGACGUGAAGGCAGUGCUGUUCAAGAACUUUGAGCCAGAUUCGGAUGAAGGAUCUGGCUCUAGUAAUGGCGCCAACACACGCCGGCAACUUCAUGAGCGCCUGGAAGAGCGCCGUCUCCAACGACUAUCUCAAGACUUCGAAUCCUUUGGAAGGUUGACAUCACAAGAACACCCUGCAAGGCAACUCGUGGAGGCCAUUAGGCAUCUUGUUCGAAAUGACAUUUUGGAAGAAGACUUUGACUUUGUGGAAGGUGGAUUCUGUGCUGUUGACACGACACAGGAAGAAGGUGGCUGUCUGGAGGUCCAAGCUCUGGCAGUGAAUACCAAAAAGCUGAAAGAGCAAAUUGACCCAUUCAUUGAGUUCUUUGUGACAGGAGAUGUCGAUGGUGCCCUUGAUAACAUUGCACAGCCUCUGCUCCCAUUGAAUGAUCCAGUUCCUGGUGUAUCGGAAGUUGUUGGUGAGGACACAUCCAUUCUAGACUUUGCUGAACAAGAUUCUAGGUUUAGAGCUGGUGCUCAAGCCUUGAAGAAAUUCAUCGAGGUGUACCUCAGCAUUAAAGAUUUUGCGGCCAAGUUUGAAGAGAACGAUGGAGUUGUCACCAUUGCUGACACUUGUGAUGUCCUUGCCGGUUUUAAGUGCUCGGGGGCUAUGUUUGGUGAAUUAGAGGAAGAAGGGCGGCAACUUGAGGUCACAGCAGAUGCCCAUGAAAUCUUUGCCUUGGCCAGCAAGGAAGGUCUCCCAAUUUCCCCUGCCGACCAUGCGCUCCGGCGUCAACUUGACAGUUCAUGUGAUACUGAUGGUUCCACUUGUACAGAUGGAACUUUUGGCGGUGACUGUUCCACAGCCUCCUGCUGUGCCACUACAUCCUGUAAAAAGAAUGAAAAAGUGAAGAAAGCAAAGUGUCUCAAAGAGAAGAUCAAGUGCAAAGCAAGUGGCAUUGAUGGUCUGACAUUCCCGUUCCUAGAAGAUCCAACACUGAUGAUUGGAAUUAUCACCGGUGACGAUUUUGGGCUUCUGAGAUAUGAACCCGAUCCACUUGAGUUUGGAAUGGCAUUGGAGUUUUCCUUUACACUGUACACACCUCCAUUUGUGGAGCUAACCCUUGGCCUUGAGUUUGGAGCUACACUGACCUAUGGUGUAGAGCUGGACACAAAAGGCAUCCGAGAAGCAGUCACACAAAACGAGCCAUUAAAAGCUUUGAACAGUUUUGCAUUCAUUGAUGUUUUUGAUGAGGUGGAUGUUCCAACCUUGGUUAUCACAGGGGCUGUAUCUGUCGGUGUAAAUGUCAACGCUAUCUUCCUUGAGAUUGGACUUACAGCCACCGUUGGCUUUGAGGCCACUGUGGAUAUUUGGGACCCGUUCCCAGAGACGAGCAAUGGUCUUGUGAGACCUUAUGAACUGGUGGUCUAUCAGGGUCUCAAUCCAUUGGAUUGGCUUGAGUUUACUCUGUCCAUGUACUUUGAACUUGAAAUGUACAUUAGAGUUCAGAUCUGGCUGAUCUUUACCACGAUCACUAUCUACGAAAUUUCCUAUUCCAUCCGUGAGGACAUCAUUGCUCCGAUCUUGAUUGAACCCCUUCCCGUUGUUCCUGUUGUGGAGGUGAAGGAUGGAGACUUAACUCUGAACGAAGAUGCAUCAGGAGGCCUCGAAUGUUUCUCCUUGGAAGGAAGCCUUGGAGAAGAAACAGUUGAAUGCAUACUUGCGACAUCUGGGCAGGAGAAGUUUGCCACUGCGGAGGGUGUUGCCGAGAUUACAUUCACCAAUACUCGAAGAAAUCGAGAGAUGCUGUCUAUGGUUCGGCGUGAUGGAACCGUUUCGGGCAGAAUGAUGACUAGCACUUCUGACUUGUUUUUCAAAGGGAUCCAGUCCCCAAUCAAGUUGGGGAGUGUUGGCAAGCUGACUCUUGACUAUCUUGCAUCAGGCUCCAAGGUUCUUGGCAAUGCCCAAAUUGCCUUAGCAGCAACAAGCAUCCAAGCAGGCAUUGCCAAUACUCACUUCCUGGGUAUCUCAAACAAGGUUGUCAUGGAGCUUCCAUUCCCAGAGAUUCAGGAUCUGACCACAACUUUGAACGACUGUAACAACCAAUUUGACCUCAUCGGCCACACCAACCUCAUCAUCAACGCAGACAGUAUUGGCACUGCAUGCUCUAUAAAAGCUACAGGUGGUGAGAAUGAAGCCUCGGUUCUUGUGGACUUUGGAGUUUCUGAUUCGUGCAUGGAUGGUAACUCUGUAAAAGUUUCCACAUCUGGUGAACAAACUACGAUUGAAAUUUUCCGUGCCAGAGACAGCUUCAGAAAAACUUUCUCGUUUGGUACAGCUUUCCAAAUCUUUGAAUUCCUCAUGUCUGAGUGCCAGGACACCAUCACAAUUGAAAAGACCUUGGCAACAACGAUUUCGAUCAAGGUUGAUGGAAGGAAAGGCGACGACAUAAUUAGUAUCGGCCAUGGUCAAGAUGGUGUGAACCUCAUCUUUGGCGACCUUGAUGUCACUGGUUCCGCAGGUUCUGAUAAACUGAUCGUGUUGGAUACUCCAAGCAUUUCCCUUGGCUACAAGAAUGAGACUAUGACGUCCAAGUUCUUGGAAGGUUUCCUCCCUGGCGAAAACAGUCUCUUUGAAUAUGAAGGAUUUGAGACGAUUACAUUGUAUCUCACCAGUUCUGAGAACUCCUUGUUGGUUGCUUCCACACCCUUGGACUCUUCCACUUUCAUUUUUGGAGGAUCUAGUCCCAGCCAUUUCUUGGUGAACUCCACCAAGGGAGAUAUUGAGAUCCAGGGAGGACAAUCCAACGACGUAUUUUCCGUGAGACAGCUCUUUGAAGGAACCACUGCCGUCUUCAAGGGAUUGGAUGGGGACGAUAUCCUGAACGUGGAUGGAAGGCCUUUUAACUCCACAGAGCUGGGUUCUACCGUUGAAAACACUUUGAUCAGGUGGAGUGGAGGCAACGGUAACGAUACACUGAACACAUACUUUGUUUCCUAUGGUGACAGCACUAUUGAGCUCUUUGAUGACAAUGAUGGAACAAACAGAAUCAACAUCGACUGCGCGGAUUUUGCCUGCCACAUUCUCAGUCGGAACAACUUCUUGGCCAACAUCCAUGACACUGAAUCCAGCAGCAGCACGGUGGAACGGAUAAAUCUCUACCAGUCAACCGAGAUGCCGGUAUCUGUUAGUGCCAUCGUGCUACGGCUGAAUGGAGGACUCAAUCGAAUGUUCUUCGACGAUACCAUGGCCAAGUUUGAUGUUUUUGGAGGGCCAGACAGAGAUGAAUUCCGAAUUGGACAAAAGUACAAUUCAGAGAGAGGAGAAAUGACUGGAGUGGUGGAAACCCUUGAAACCACACUCACUACCCAAGGAUACUUGUCUGAUGGAAAUUCUGACAAUGUAGUCAUUAAUGGGAUGGGCGGGGGUGAUUUCUUUGAUGUCAUUCGUAACAAGAAGCUUUUGGAUCUAAAUGGUGACUCCGGCGAUGACACAUUUAUCAUCCGUUCUUUCCUUGCCCUGAGGCUGAUUGAGGGGGAAGUGCAGGAGAGCGAUAUUGGUGAUGUGAAAGCUGUUGGAGGGGAUGACAAUGAUCUCUUUGAAGUCGGGGACACCGUGACUUCUUAUGUUGUUAAUGCAGGUGUUGAUAUCGAUGGUGGAACAGGGGAUGACCGUGCUGUGGUUGUGGGCACUGAAGCAGCUGACACGUAUGUGAUCACUGAUGGCGAAAUCUUUGGAGGUGGGCUCUCGAUCAAAUUUUCAAACAUCGAGCUGCUGGAUGUUACAGGCCAGGAAGGGGAUGAUAUCUUCCAGAUUCUGUCCACGAACCCCAAUGUGAUCACCAGUGUCUAUGGUUCCCUUGGGAGUGACACAUUCCUGGUCGCCCCCAGGGAAGUCCUGCCUGUCAUUUCGAAGAACACCAAGGGACACAGUGGAGUGCUUGAACACGAGAUUGCAAGUGGUGAUGAGGGAUACAAUGGACUCCUUGUUGAGGGUAUCGCUGUGAAUGUCAUGGAUAACGAUGAUUUUGGCUAUAUUCACGUCAUUGAGACAUCCGCAUCCUAUGUUCUUUUUGAGGUGUCAGAGACAGAAGAUGUCAAUGGGGAAGGGCUCAGUUUCGACUUCUACUUGUAUCCAACAAUUCGUCCGGAUGCCAAAGUUGUUGUUGAUGUUCAAUCCCAAUUCUCCUUAAACUUGGAGCCAUACGUCAUUCUUACCGAUAUCUCAGAUGGUUCUGGAACACCUGAUGUUGAUGGUGUCCUUGAACUCACUUGGAUUGCUGGAAAUAUGGCACCUAAGAGGAUUCGUGCUCAGCACAACUACAGAGCUGAGCCUCUCGAAAUCACAGAUUAUAAUGGUCUCAUUGCUGUUGACCUGAUUGUUCAACGGACGGAUGAUGCUCGAUUCUCAGACACAAACCAAACCAUUCAACCCAUUUUCAACAAGCUCAUCCCCAGGAAGACACCAGUCGCCGGUAGAACUGACAUUGCCCAGUCUGUCACUAUUAUUGAACCCACUGGGGAAACGGUGGUGGCAGAGGGGGGAACGAAUGGGUUUGAAGCUGCAUACGAUGUCUAUCUGAGACCCUGCACUGCUUCCAUGAAGACUAAUACCAAAGUCGAGGUGUCAGAAACUGUCUUGGAUCAAGUAAUGGUGUCACCGUCCACCAUUGUUGGUAACGACUGGGGUGCUGACUGCAAGGUAACAGUGUCGGUUGCUGCAAAAGAAGAUGAGCUUGAGGAAGGUCUUCACUUUGUUACACUUGCACAUAAAGUUACUACUCCCGCAGGAGAAGGGAUUCUCCUCAGUGAUGGGGAACCUUUGGUUGCCUCAAAUGUGCUGGUAAAGAUUCAAGAUGAUGAUAUCGCUGGAGUUAUCCUAGAGCAAUCCAAUGGUGCGACAAGCACAGCUGAGAUUGACGAUGUUGACAAGCUCUUGGUAGAAACGAGUGGAAGUGAUUUCAGCUUCUACUUUGAGGACUCAUACAGAAUCCGACUUUCUAAGGCCCCAAAUGAUACGGUCACAAUUCAGAUCUACGGAGUGGAGACGGCCAGUGACGAUGCAAAUCAGCUUGGUGGGCUUGUUGAUAACUCAGAAAUUAUUCUCAGGACAACUCCCCGCAUCCAGGCUUAUGUCCGGACCACCACUGCUGGCACCCCCGCAAGCAGUGUAGCCCUGGAGUUCACAUCAUUGAACUGGAACCUUUGGCAAACAGUUUAUGUAUCCGCUGUCAAUGAUGGCAUCACAGAAGGGGUGGAUCUGUUGAACUUCCCAUCCCAACCAUCGUUCCUUUCCUACAUCCAGGGCCCUCUCGUGUUGGCUGGGUCUGAUUCACCAGAUGUCCCACCCAUUGAACCCCCAUUGAUGCUUCCAGGAGAAACUGAUGUGGACAAGUUUGAGAUUCCAGAUGGGUAUGAAGCGGAUCUUUCCAGCUUUGAUGCUAUUGAAGCUGAUUCAGUCAACCACCUCAUUAUCCAAAAUCUGGACGUCAGGGGAUCUUUGAAAUCCAUUGGGACCUUGACGCAUGACCAGUUCUUUGGCAUGAACAUGGGGCAAAACCUUGUGAUCUCUGGCAAUGCUCAAAGGGAUGGAAUUGUCUAUCGUGACAUGAACCUUGUUGAACUUUUCCUGGGCAAUGGUGCUGAUGACAUUACCAUUGAGAGCACAGCUGAGGCCUUGUAUUUACUCCAUACCGGUGCCGAUGAUGAUGAUGUCCAUGUGAAGAACAUAUCUGGGCCUGUUCUUAUCCAGGGAGCGGAAGGCGCUGACAAAGUUAGGAUUUCUUCGGACUCACACAAGAUUGAUGAUAUUCUUGCUUUGCUGGCGUUUGAUGGAGGAUCCAGCGAUCAAGAUGCUGACCGGCUUGCUGUGGACCAUUCUGGUGAUGACAUCGGUUCUGACCCUGUCCUCAAUAUCACUAGGAACCUUGUGGAGCUGGCCAGCAUGAGCGUGUCAGAUGAAACCAAUGCACCCCGAGACUCCUUUCUGAUCAGCUUGUGGGGUGCCACAGGUGGCUCAUACGAGCUUGUCUUGUCAGAUCCGCUUCAAGCAUCCAACGAACCCAAGACAAUUGUGGUUCCGUUGGCUACUACUGCUUCGGAGCUAGAGGAUCUUAUCCAAGACACCAUUUUCCCAUCAGGUAGUGAGAAGGCAUGUGGCAAGAUUGGAACAACCAUUUGCUCACAGUCUGUCAAGGUGUAUGAGCUUGGCAGUGGCUUUCUGAUUACAUUUGUGGGCGAGCGACUGAAUCGGGGUGUCUCUCUUGACUUUUCACCAGGCACACUCGAGAGCUUUCAGUCAGAGAUUUUCCUCAAUGCUACCAAUGACAUUUUGGAUCAGGCAUCAGACAUUGUCUAUGGAAACGUUGAGCUGCUGGAUAUAGCACUGGGGACCAAAGAGACUGUUCUGAACAUUCGUGGUACAUCAGCAAAGACAGAAAUUGUCACACAAAACAGUGAUGACUACGUUUUCGUGUCUUCCGAUUCAAACGAGACCCCAGAAACAGCACAAGUGACUGAUUUCUUGCAUGGAUGGCUUGACUAUGUCACCAGAGACCUGACCAUCGUUGUGAACGAAGGAAGGCAUCGGCUCAUGAUUUCCGAUGAAAGCAGCUCACUGCCCAUGGCUUCCGUGGAUGCCCCCGCAGGUCUGACUGGUUCUUCGCUCAAAGGAAUUAAAGAGGGCCUUGGUGAUAUCUACUUUUCUGCGGAUGGAGGGCAUUGGUCAGCAGGUGUAAACUUGUGGCUUGGAAAAAAUGAUGACUACUUGAGUGUCACAUCCAUCCCAGCAAACGCGGAAGGAACAGACCUUAGAACAGCCACGUCCAUUCAUGCUGGAGCCGGUUCUGACAAGAUUACUGUAGCCCUGGAUGAAAGCCAACUCUAUGGGGCUGUAUUUGUUGCCAAUGGCCAGGCUGGCAAUGACAUCAUUGAUGGUUCUGCGUCUUCCCUCCCGCUGAUCCUCUUUGGCGAUGAUGGACUGGACGAAAUAAAAGGUGGAUCUGGUUCAGAUAUCGUUUUUGGUGACUAUGGCGUAGUGGAGUGGAUUGAUUCUAAUUCCACCGUGGUUGCAUCAGCUGGGAAGGGCGGUUAUGGUGACUUCACAGAUGGUGUUGUGAGACAUGUGAGCAGAGUUCUUUCAACAGGAGCUGAUCAGGGUGAUUCCGAUAUUCUUAUCCUAAAUGGAGGGAAUGACAUUGGCAUCGGUGGAUUCAAAAAUGAUUCAGUGCACGGUGGUGAUGGAAUGGACAUCAUUCUAGGUGACUCAGGCAGAAUCGAGUUUUAUCACGACUCACUCUCUCCCAAGCUGAUCCUGCCACUUGAUUGUGAAUAUGGAGGGCCGGAUACACUUUAUGGUGGCAAUGGAGAGGUUGAUUACAUCAUUGGAGGAGGCUUCAGUGAUGUGAUCUAUGGUGGUACUGAUGUCCUUGAUGCUGCAGAUGGAAGUGACCUUGUUUUUGGAGAUCACGCAGAAAUCAUGCUCGAAGAAGAGCCAGCCUACAAGCUUAUCCGGGCAGAAAUUACUCUCCCUGAAUGCACUGGAGGAGAUGACUCCAUCUACCUUGGUGCUGGGGAUGACAUUGCCUUUGGAGGUGCAGGGAAUGAUUACAUUGAAGGCAAUGCAGGGCAAGACAUCAUUUUUGGUGACUUUGGAAUCUAUGAUGCCACAAUUAGCUACCCUGAGUACACAUCACUGAUUGACCAUGCAGAGUUUGCUGGGAAUGAUACUAUACAUGGUGGUGACCAUGAUGACAUCUUGUUUGGACAGGAGGGGUCUGAUACCAUUUUUGGUGAUGGAGGCAAUGAUGAUAUCACAGGAGGUCACGAUGUCCUCUUUGGCGAAGAUGCUGGUGAUAAUUUGCAUGGAGGAAGUGAGAGUGACAGGCUCAUUGGAGAUAAUGGCAGGAUUCUUCGUACUGGCACUAGGAUUGCCGCUAGUACCUUCCCUUGGCUACACAACUUCGUUUGGGAAACUUUCCCUUCGCCUUUUGAUACUGAUGUCAUCCGAGAAGUCAGACUGUUUGAUGAUGUAGACAAAAUUCAGGGAGAUGACAAGAUGUGGGGUGAUGCUGGGAAUGAUAUUCUCUGGGGCCAACGGGGCAACGAUGAACUAAACGGCGGAGAGGGCGAGGACGAAUUGAUUGGAGGACUCCAUGCAGACAUCCUUCGAGGAGAUGCUGGCAAUGACAUUUUGAUUGGUGAUGUUGGGCAUGUUAUCAGAAGAUUUGACGAGUCCGGAGCCCCUCGCCUCAACUCAGACUCAAGUGGUACAUCUUCUGAGUUUGUGUGGCACAAGGACAUUGUUCUCGAAGAAAUUGGCAAUAUUGUUUCCUCGCAUCUCAUUUCGAAGAAGGUCGACACUGAUAUCCUACAAGCAGAAGACACAGUAGCAGCUUCCAUGCUGCUUGUUGCCAAUGCAUACAGCGACGGAAACAAGGUCAAUGAUGCAAGCAGAGGUGGUUGGCCAACUGAGUUGAUUCUAUUUAACUUGGAGCCAGGGUAUGAUGAUGUCCUGGAAGGUGGAGCAGGUGAUGACGUUGUCAUUGGGCAGCGUGGGGACGAUACUAUCAAGGGUGGCACAGGAAAUGACCUUUUGAUUGGUGAUUCAGGCAGCAAUAAAAUUGGGUACAACAUGGAUCUUCCCAAGAUCUAUGAGAUCUAUCGCUCCCUCACAGCCCCUGAGCAAUUUGAGGUUCCAGAGUUUGGAGCUGUAUUUUCGGUUGAUAUGAAACUCUACCCAGACCAAUACCGUGAGGUAGACAGCCUAGGCAGCUUUGUUGACGGUGCUGUUAACAUUGAUGACCUCCAGGUGGAUGCCAACCUUCUUCAUGACAUCCUUGGCGUCUCAGCUUUGAGCAAGGCCGAUCCGUCGGAGUGCGUGCAGCCGAUGUUUGCUGCCAUGCCCGGAUUCCUGGAGUCCACUCAGCACUACCACGGGAAUGAUUCCAUUGACAGUGGAAGCGGGCAGAGCAUUGUGGUCGGAGAUGACAUACGAGGAUUCAUUGGUCUUGAUUUUGAACAGUUUUCAGACAUUGAUCUUGUCCGAAAGAGGACAGAUGAGUUAGUUGCUUCCCUUGGCACCCGUCUCAGUGUUAUGGAGUUUGAUGCUGAAAGAUCAGGCCUGAUAAACGGUGCAGAUUACAGCAUUGCAGUCGGAUGCGAUAGCAUCACCACAGAUGCUACAGGCCAGACUUUUGCAACGGGAGACUCGCUGAAUCUCAUCGGCCGAACCUAUUUGGCAGAAAGCGUUGAUUCAGCGUCACUGGCCUCUAUUGCUGAACAGGUACUGGACAGGCUUCAUGACAUUGAACUUGUUCUGGUGGAUUUGCAUCUCGCUUUGUAUGAGCUGCACCAUGAUCUGUUGGUGCGCUCCCCGCAACCCUCACCAACUUUGCCCCAAGAGGCUUUGCACAACUUGACGUUGGCAAGUGACAGUAUUUCAUCGUUUGGCACGGACGUUGUCGUGGGGGACUCGGUCACCUACUUUGUGCAAGCUGAUCGCCCCGGCACUGAUGGAUUCGCUUUUGGAGAGCUCAAGAGUGACCAGGCCAUCGAGAGUGCCUUGUCUGCCAUCCGAAACAACAGGGAGGCAGCCCUCGAUGCGCACGAGACAACUGAUUUGACCCCAACAACACCACUGGGCAACUCAGCGUUGAAUAGUUUGCCAUUCGAUGACAUCCCAUUCUUACUUUACUGUGGAGUCGACAAGAUCUUCUUGAAUACUGGCACAAACCUGGGUAUUGGUGACUUUGCCUUGAUUGGACACGUGGUGACGACACAGGAUAGCACUACCGCUGACCUGUCUGCGUACACCGAUUCUGUGGAAGACUUGCGGAAGCGACCCGUAGUUUCCAUUCAAGUCCGUCUUGACGUGUUCGGAUACGACAUUGAGUUCUAUGCAGAAAGGUACAACUCCGCUAUUGCCAAGGAUGUCAAACCUGUCCUGCACGGAGAUUUCUUCUUUGGCGACAGCGCCACAAAUGUUGCCUUGGGAGAAUAUUGGACAAGCUUUGGGUACGACCAGCCCAGUGGGACUUUUGUCCACGAAGACCGAGCCGAUGCCUUUGGACAAUGGGAUAAUGCACGUUGGAACAAGAUUGCAGGGGAUACGUUUGACAUGAUUGAUGGUACAAAGGUGGACACCCAAAAGGGACAGGACGAGGUAAUCGGAAAUCUAAAUACCAAUGACAAGCUGGAGGCGGAGAUGCUGUUCUUCACUCAAGGUUUGCUUCAAGGUCAUGUCCUGUUGUCCCAGUUUGCCACUGAUCUUUUCAAUGGUGUCAUCCCCGACAACAAACUGACAAUGGUCAAGAGCAAGCAGUGUGCUGACAUGAAUAUGGCAAGCUACAUUCCUCCCUUUGUCUAUGAUCCUGGUUCCUCUACCACCACUUCAGGCCCAUCCGUUUCUCUGGCAUCGCAAACAUCAACCGCCACCCUUGAGUUUGGAGCUGUUCCUACUGUUCCUACUGCUGCGUCACCCUCCAACAACGCCCCGACUUCGGCUCCGACUUCUGCCACCACAUCCGCUCCGACUUCGGCUCCGACUUCACCACCCGUAAAUUCCUCCCCGGGCAAUGCCAAUGGAAACGGUAAUGGCAAUGGAAGCGCUAAUGGAAAAGGAAAGAACAAGAGGGCACGUCUACGAAGAAGGGAAUAG